AUGCUUCCUCUCUUCAUCAUGCAGCUUCCUCUCUUGAUCAAGAUGCUUCCUCUCUUCAUCAAGAUGCUUCCUCUCUUCAUCAUGCAGCUUCCUCUCUUGAUCAAGGUGCUUCCUCUCUUCUUCAAAGUACUUCCUCUCUUGAUCAAGGUGCUUCCUCUCUUCAUCAAGAUGCUUCCUCUCUUCAUCAUGCAGCUUCCUCUCUUGAUCAAGAUGCUUCCUCUCUUCAUCAAGAUGCUUCCUCUCUUCAACAAAGUGCUUCCUCUCUUCUUCAAAGUACUUCCUCUCUUGAUCAAGGUGCUUCCUCUCUUGAUCAAGAUGCUUCCUCUCUUGAUCAAGGUGCUUCCUCUCUUCAACAAAGUGCUUCCUCUCUUCAACAAAGUGCUUCCUCUCUUCUUCAAA